UGUGUUGUUAUAAAAAAAUGCAGCUUUAGGAUACAUUCUACUCACAAAACAGUCACGUGUAAAAUGUUUUUAUACAUGCAUUAAAGAAAAAGAAACUCCUUAAAAUGAAGUAACUAUUUCCUGUUUCAUUUUGUUUGAACAGCUUUUGUUGCUCACUACGAGUUGCUUUAAAUCUCUGGGAAGGUCUGUUCCGAAUUUACUACUUCUGGAUUGGCCAAAGUCUCUUUAAAGUGUGUGCUUUGUUCUCUAAAAAGCUUAGGUCAGUUGAGCAACAAGCUCCUCCUGGUUUUUUUUUUUUUUUUUUUUUUUUUUUGAAAAAAAAAGAGCUGAGUAAUGCUGGAGCCUUCUCAUGUGGCUGAUGCAAACCUGGAGAAUUUGCAUCAUCAUUUAGCUGUAGUAAGUUGGUGUGACAGGCAGGCGCUUAAAUACAAGCCCAUGAGGAAGCUGAGCUGGUUUGUAAUGAUAGGGCGGCAGCAGCAGCAGCAGCAGCGGUAGAACGAGGAGGUGGAGAACUGGGAGCACGAUGCAUACACAGGUGUUUCUGAUUAGUAAUUAGCCGCUGUGAAGGAUAAAGCACACCUUUGGGUUUUUACCUGUGAACACUAUAGGGCUGAGAAAGACAGUCUGAAAGCAAAGAAAGCAAAGAGGAAGACCUCGAUCAGUAACACCAAGAGACACCAAAGUUGAAAGUUUUGUUUUCUUUCCCUCUGUUUUAUUUUUCCCCCGUGUGCCCCUACUAUGGUCAGAAAGCCUGUUGUGUCCACCAUCUCCAAAGGAGGUUACCUGCAGGGAAAUGUUAACAGGAGGCUGCCUUCCCUGGGCAACAAGGAGCCACCUGGGCAGGAGAAAGUGCAGCUGAAGAGGAAAGUCACUUUACUGAGGGGAAUCUCCAUUAUCAUUGGCACCAUCAUUGGAGCAGGAAUCUUCAUCUCUCCUAAGGGCGUGCUCCAGAACACAGGCAGCGUGGGCAUGUCUCUGACCAUCUGGACGGUGUGUGGGGUCCUGUCACUAUUUGGAGCCUUGUCUUAUGCUGAAUUGGGAACAAGUAUAAAGAAAUCCGGAGGUCAUUACACGUAUAUUUUGGAAGUCUUUGGUCCAUUACCAGCUUUUGUACGAGUCUGGGUAGAACUCCUCAUAAUACGCCCUGCAGCUACAGCUGUGAUAUCCCUGGCAUUUGGACGCUACAUUCUGGAACCAUUUUUUAUUCAAUGUGAAAUCCCUGAACUUGCGAUCAAGCUCAUUACAGCUGUGGGCUUAACUGUAGUGAUGGUCCUAAAUAGCAUGAGUGUCAGCUGGAGCGCCCGGAUCCAGAUUUUCUUAACCUUUUGCAAGCUCACAGCAAUUCUGAUAAUUAUAGUCCCUGGAGUUAUGCAGCUAAUUAAAGGUCAAACACAGAACUUUAAAGACGCCUUUUCAGGAAGAGAUUCAAGUAUUACGCGGUUGCCACUGGCUUUUUAUUAUGGAAUGUACGCAUAUGCUGGCUGGUUUUACCUCAACUUUGUUACUGAAGAAGUGGAAAACCCUGAAAAAACCAUUCCCCUUGCAAUAUGUAUAUCCAUGGCCAUUGUCACCAUUGGCUAUGUGCUGACAAAUGUGGCCUACUUUACGACCAUUAAUGCUGAGGAGCUGUUGCUUUCAAAUGCAGUAGCAGUGACCUUUUCUGAGCGGCUACUGGGAAAUUUCUCAUUAGCAGUUCCGAUCUUUGUUGCCCUCUCCUGCUUUGGCUCCAUGAAUGGUGGUGUGUUUGCUGUCUCCAGGUUAUUCUAUGUUGCGUCUCGAGAGGGUCACCUUCCAGAAAUCCUCUCCAUGAUUCAUGUCCGCAAGCACACUCCUCUGCCAGCUGUUAUUGUUUUGCACCCUUUGACAAUGAUAAUGCUCUUCUCUGGAGACCUCGACAGUCUUUUGAAUUUCCUCAGUUUUGCCAGGUGGCUUUUUAUUGGGCUGGCAGUUGCUGGGCUGAUUUAUCUUCGAUACAAAUGCCCAGAUAUGCAUCGUCCUUUCAAGGUUCCACUGUUCAUCCCAGCUUUGUUUUCCUUCACGUGCCUCUUCAUGGUUGCCCUUUCCCUCUAUUCAGACCCAUUUAGUACAGGGAUUGGCUUUAUCAUCACUCUGACUGGAGUGCCUGCAUAUUAUCUCUUUAUUAUAUGGGACAAGAAACCCAAGUGGUUUAGAAUAAUGUCAGAGAGAAUAACCAGAACAUUACAAAUAAUACUGGAAGUUGUACCAGAAGAAGAUAAGUUAUGAACUAAUGGACUUGAGAUCUUGGCAAUCUGCCCAAGGGGAGACACAUAAUAGGGAUUUUUACUUCAUUUUCUGAAAAUCCAGAGAAUUACAACUUCGGUGAUAAACAAAAGGAGUCAGUUAUUUCUAUUCAUAUAUUUUAGCAUAUUCAAACUAAUUCCUAAGAAAUUUAGUUAUAACUCUAUGUAGUUAUAGAAAGAGAAUAUGCAGUUUUUCUAUGAGUCACAAUUCUUGAGUCUCUGAUACCUACCUAUUGGGGUUAGGAGAAAAGAGUAGACAAUUACUAUGUGGUCAUUCUUUACAACAUAUAUUAGCAUGGCAAAGAACCUUCAAAUUGAAGACCGAGAUUUUUCUGUAUAUAUGGGUUCUGUAAACAUGGUUUUACACACUACAGAUGACUAUACUGUGAAAAGUGUUUUCAAUUCUGAAAAAAAGCAUACAUCAUGAUUAUGACCAAGAGGAGAGAAAGAAAUUUAUUUUACAUUGACAUUGCAUUGCUUCCCCUUAGAUACCAAUUUAGAUAACACUCAUGCUUUAAUGGAUUAUACCCAGAGCAUUUUGAACAAAGGUCAGAGGGGAUUAUUGAAUACAUUAAAGAAGAGUUUCUAGGGGCUACUGUUUAUGAGACACAUCCAGGAAUUAUGUUUGAGUAAAAAAUCCUUGAGAAUUUAUUAUGUCAGAUGUUUUGUCAUUCAUUAUCAGGAAGUUUUAGUUAUCUGUCAUUUUUUUCACAUCAGUUUGAUCAGGAAAGUGUAUAACACAUCUUAGAGCAAGAGUUAAGUUUGGUAUUAAAUCCUCUUAAGAACAACCACCUAUUUCACUAAUAACUUACCCCUGAUGAGUAUAUCUAAACAUAUGCAUUUUUAAACCUUCAAAUUACAUUGUCAACAUGAGAGAAAUCACCAACAAAGAAAAUGUUCAAAAUAAUAGUCCCACAUCUGUAAUGAUAUCUACAUGCAAUGUUAGUAAUUCUGAACAGUUUUUUAAAUUUAUGGCUAUUUUUACAUCAUGAUGAAUUUUGACAGUUUGUGCAUUUUCUUUAUACAUUUUAUAUUCUGUUAAAAUAUCUCUUCAGAUGAAACUGUCCAGAUUAAUUAGGAAAAGGCAUAUAUUAACAUAAAAAUUGAGAAAGAAAUGUCACCGCUAAAUAAGAUUUACAACUGAUGUUUCUAGAAAAUUUCCACUUCUAUAUCUAGUCUUUGUCAGUAAUUUCCACACCUUAAUUAUCAUUCAACUUGCAAAAGAGCUAACUGAUAAGAAGAAAAUUGAAAGAAUCAGAAUCUGUGGAUGAGUGUUUGUGUUCAGAAGAUGUUGUUAUGCCAGUAUUAGAAAAUAUUGUGGGCCAGGCAUGGUGGCUUACACCUGUAAUCCCAGCACUUUGGGAGGCCGAGGCAGGCGGAUCACCUGAGGUCAGAAGUUCUAGACCAGCCUGACCAACAUGGAGAAACCUUGUCUCUACUAAAAAUGCAAAAUUAGCUGGGCAUGGUGGCGCAUGCUGGUAAUCUCAGCUAUUCAGGAGGCUGAGGCAGGAGAAUUGUUUGAACCCAGGAGGCAGAGGUUGCAGGGAGCCGAGAUUGUACCACUGCACUCCAGCCUGGGUGAGAGACUCCAUCUCCAAAAA